AUGGAUACAGUGAACAAAAUCAAAAAGAAAUAUCAAAAAUAUGAAGAUAGUCUUAAAUCAAUUGGAAAUACGAAAAUUUUCAUGAAAUUUACUAUCAAUGAUUUUGCAAUAGAUGUGAGUGGUCUUUCAAAUAAACAUCAAGCAGCAUUAGAUAUACAAAUAGCUAUGUCAGCUUAUUGUCGUUUCAUUGAAAAACAUAUUGUUAAUCAGGUUUUUCCGCUUUGUUAUUAUUGGUUUAUCACUCAAUGUGCCCUUGUACUCGACUCAAAAUUAAGUUCGGCAUUUACAUUGGUUGUGUUGUUUGAAUUUAUGUGUGAAUUAUUCCAGCAACAAUAA